AUGGACGUUCCUGAGGAGACUGAAUCGUCACGCACACUCUCCUAUUACUUAGAACCUCUCUUCGACUUCCACAGUGACAAUGAAACAAUCGAACUUUCCACCACCGAAAUCGAUUUUUUAUCCCACCAAAACCAAGCUCUUCUUUUAUCCUCCCCUCCGAUUCCUCCCCAAUCCCUUCUCCACAUUCGAAUCAACGAACCCAUCCAAUCCACACACGUUCUCUCGCGAUCGGUUCGCAAAUAUUUCCACUUUCGACACCAUCUUUUUUCACGCUGGGAUUGGGGCAUUCAAUACGAUGAAGAAGGCUUGUUUUCCAUCACACCCGAGUGCUUAGCGCUCCACACAGCCAUUCGAUGCAGCUGCGGCGUCGCAAUCGACGCGUUUGCGGGGAUUGGCGGUAACACGAUUCAAUUGGCGCGGACCUGUCGGCGUGUGAUUAGCAUUGAAUUGAACCCGCAGCGAUUGCGAAUGCUGCAACACAACAGCAAAAUCUACAAAGUUGAUCAUAAAAUCGAUUGCAUUUGCGGCGAUUCGACCAAACUGCUUCCUUCCAUGAAGGCGGACGUUGUGGUGUUGGCGCCUCCGUGGGGUGGAGUGGAUUAUGCAAAGAAGGAGGAGUUUCAUUUGUCGGAUCUGCCAGAAGGAUUGGAUGGUGCGUUUUUAUUUCGAUUGGCGAGGAAAGUGACGAGGAAUGUCGUUUUCGUGCUUCCUCGAACGAUCAAUCGGAGGGAAGUGGCGCAGUUGGCGGAUCCUGGUGAAAUGGUGGAGUUCGUGGAGGGAUAUGUGGAUAAUCAUUUGAAGAUGGUAAUCGUGUAUUUUGGAGAAUUGGCGCAGCAAGGAAGCGAAGAAAAUACGACUCUUUUGAUGUCUUGA